AUGGAGCUCAAAGUUUCUCCUGAAAAACCAGGAUUUUCAUCUUCCGAUGCAGCCAGUGAUCCCGAGGAUAAAGAAAUCAGUGAAGGUGAGGAUGAGGAUGAUGACCGUAAUCACAAACACCGUAGGCGGGAGGCACGUUCACAUUCUCUGGUAGAGGACUCUCUCGAUCAGGGUUUAACUAGACCGUAUAGGAAAAGGAACAGGCCUUUUGAGAAUGGUUUUUCAUACAGGGAUGGUGACCGUCAAGCUGGUGAAACCUUGAGGAACUAUGAUAGUGCUUCAGAUAGAGACUUCCCCUCGAGGUUUGAGAAGAGGCGUCAGAACAAGACCCCGUUCUCAAAAUCUCCCCUAGAAUUGCAACAAAGAAUUAGGGGAAACCAAGUACUGCCAAGUGAAGUUGGGCUUGUUAGGUGCAGGGGAAGGGAGCCUAUUUCUUGGGGCAUACAUGACUCAAGGCUUGGUUUGGUUGAUCUUCCAUCUCAAGUUGUUCAACCUGGUUAUGUUCCACCUGCUUUGUAUGCUGGGAGGGGCUUUCCCAGUGUUUCCAACACACCGAGUACUCCUUGGAAUGCAUUUGGAUUGGUUCCAGGUAUACCAAAUGGGGGGCUCGACCCAAUUCACCCCUUAGGUCUUCCAGGUGCACUUAGACCAGCUAUUAAUCCUCCAAUGAACCUUGGAAUUCCAAGGCAACGAUGUAGAGAUUUUGAAGAACGUGGUUUUUGCCUAAGAGGGGACAUGUGCCCAAUGGAACAUGGAGUUAAUCGUAUUGUUGUUGAUGAUGUUCAGAGCCUUUCACAGUUCAAUCUCCCUGUUGCUCUUCCCGGCUCUCAGCUUCUAGGAAAAUCUCCCGGGCAAGGAGCUUUGCCUACAAAUAAUAAAAGUUCUCAUGCAAAAAAUAUCAAGACCAGAAUGAGUGAAAAUGUUUUGGGACCAAAUGGUGGUGCUUUGGGAGGUUCUACAGCGGGAGCAUCUGAUGUGUAUGAUCCAGAUCAACCUUUAUGGACGAAUAAUGACCCAGAAACAUCUGCAGCACUCCAUGCUUUGAAUCAAUCAACUGCUGACGGGACAGAAUCUUUCUUGGGUGUUGAAUCAUCCGAUCAACCAAAUAUUGAAUCAAUUGAAGGAUUUAAUGAAGAGCCUUCUUUAAUAAAUGCCACCACCUCUGGGCCUCAAAUUUCAUCUAUAUGGGGAAGAGUAGGUGAUUUAAAACGUAAUUCUGAAGGAAAGGUAAAAUUUGAUUCUGUUGGAACAUCCUCCAGUUAUCUUGAACGAGACUUCAAAAGUGCUAAAGCACUAAAUAGUGAUGCUUCUAAUCAGGGAAAGCAGAUGAAUGUUGAUGGGAAUAAUUCACUGGUCAAGGAAUCACCUCUCAAGCAACAAAGUGAUCCUGUCUACAAUAUUCGAAGACCGUCUCAGAAAGCACUUCGUACUGUAUUUGUCAGUGGCAUUCCUCUGAAAGACAAUAGGCGGGAAGCUCUGCUUUCGCAUUUUCAGAAAUUUGGCGAGGUAAUUGACAUAUAUACCCCUGCAAAUAGUGAACGGGCUUUUGUUCAGUUUUCUAAAAGAGGAGAAGCAGAAGCAGCUUUGAAGGCACCUGAUGCAGUGAUGGGUAAUCGGUUUAUCAAGCUUUGGUGGGCAAAUCGAGACAAUCUCCCAGAUGAUAGGAUAAGUGGUAGAGGUCCUGUUUCAGUAAUUACUAGUGGGUUGACUAAUCGAGCCCCUUCCCGUCCAUUUGUUCUUGCUAAAGGACAAGAAAAUCCUCUUGUUAAAACUGCCAACGAGAGCAGCACCCAUGCUUCUGUUACUCAACUGCCAGUUCAUAAUCACCCUAAGCCGAUGGUUGGUAAUGGACCCAGCCCCAAAGCCCCUCCACCACAACAAAAGAAGUUGGAGAAUUUUGAGCUAUUAAAAGAACUUCGGAAGAAGCAGGAGAUGCUUGACCAGAAACGAAACGAGUUUCGGAAUAUGUUGGACAAACUCGAGAAACAAUCUGUAGGUUCUGCAGAUAUCGCAAUAAUUGAUCUGAAUACUAAAAGGCAUAAAGGCGAAACACUACCGAAUGAUGCUAAAGCUGAAAAUUCUAAGUCAUCAGCUAGUGACAACAUAAAACCAGAGAAUUCCACUUCAUCUGGGUCGGUUGAGUUGCAAAAAUCCACUUCAAGUGCAAAUGUACCUGCUCAGGAACCUUUGAAACCUGCCUUUCGGCCACCAGCACUCUCUGGGAAACCUUUCACAGUAAACAGAUUCAAGCUGGACAAUCGGCCCACAACAUUCAGAAUAAUUUCACCAUUGCCUGCUGGCCUCGCAAAUGUUGCUGCUCUGGAGGAGCACUUCUCUGCUUACGGCGAACUGUCUUCUUUGGAGCUUGAAGAGUCACAGCAAGAGGACACCAAAGAUGCUCCAGUACCACCUAAUGUUACUGCUCGGGUUUCCUUUACGACUCGCCAUUAUGCUGAGAAGGCAUUUUCCCACGGCAAAUCCUGGCAUGGUCACAAUUUACAGUUUACAUGGCUCAAAUUUAUUGGUUCUGGCAAAGAAGGUGGUAGCUCUGUGAAGGUUGUCGAGGCUUCUGUGAUGUCGGAUGCUAAUGCUCAGGCUGGUGAAAUAAAUGCACCUGCACAUUAUGAGAAAACUGCUGUGUUGGGCUCGGACGAAAAUGAGGACUCGAAAGAUGGAGCUAAUGUGAACUCUGAUGAACAGGACAACGACUUGAAAUCAGUUUCAGCCUCGUUGUCUGACAAAGAGCAACUUUCUUAA